AAAGCCUGUUUUCCUAUGUGCGUGUGCUUUUAUUGACUCUACCGCCGGGGACUAGUGCCACAAUGUCAAAUAUCAAGGUGGCUGUGCGGGUCAGGCCUCCCAUUGAAAGGGAGAUAAAGAAUGGCAAAAAUCCCAUCUGGAAGACGCGGGAAAGCACCAUUUAUAUGGAGUCUGGAAAAAUCAACUCAAUUCACACAUUUGAUCACGUUUUUGACUCCAGCAGCACGAACCUUGAAGUAUACCAGAAAUAUUUUCACCCAAUUGUGGCGUCCGUCAUGCUUGGCUUCAACGGGACCAUCUUUGCCUUUGGUCAAACAGCCUCUGGAAAAACUCACACCAUGACAGGGAGCAGCAGCCAGCCUGGCCUUAUCCCCUUGACCAUUGAUGCUAUCUUCGACAUCAUCCAAAACAUGCCUGAGCGGGAGUACAUGGUGCGCAUAUCCUACAUCGAAAUAUACAACGAAAAUGUCCUGGAUCUUCUAGGCAAGGACUACGGAAAGCACCUGCAGAUUAGAGACAAUGUUGAUGGCCAACCUGUCAUACCGGACUUGACGGAAGUUACAGUUGGGUCUAAGGAAGAGAUCAUGUCUCUGAUGAAAAAUGGUGAACGUUGUCGCCACGUGGCCAGCACCGAAGCAAACCAGCGAAGUUCCCGGUCCCAUGCAAUAUUCAGAAUGGUGAUUGAAAGCAGUCUCAGGGAUGAAACAAAUGGUGCUGUCGUGGUCGGUCAAUUGAACCUGGUAGACCUGGCAGGGUCGGAACGUUCGGAACUGUGCGCGGACUCGGGAGAGCGUUUUCGAGAGAGCUCCCGCAUCAAUGUCUCUCUCUCGGUUCUCACGCAAGUCAUUUCCAAACUCAGCAGAGGAGAAAGAGGUCACAUCAACUUCAGGGACUCUAAACUGACUCGCAUUCUUAGAAACUCCCUGGGUGGCAAUUCACACACUGCCAUUGUAUGCACAGUGAACCCUUGCUGCAUGGAGCAGACACUCAGGACACUCAGGUUUGCAAGCUCUGCAAAGAAGAUAGAGAACACUCCAAAGGUGAACGAAAUUCUUACCAAGGAGGCUCUGAUCCACUGCUACCACAUGCAAAUUGAAGAGCUCAAGGAUCAAAUGAAGGUCAUGGAAGAAACAUACCUGACCAAGGCUCUUCAGGAAAAGAACAGCCAGAUAGACGAGCUCAGGAGCAAGGUUUCGUCACUGGAGAAGAAACUGCUCGUCUCCACCCUUCCACAGAAACGAAAACAGCGUCGAGAGACAUGGGCAGCGCCAAGGAGCAUAGGCACUGUGCCUGUGCCCCAGGUUUGCACACUAUCCCAAUGGGAACCUCCACCACCGCGCAUGAUGGAGGAAAGUCCAGAUAUGGAGCGAUGCAGACUGUCAACUGUUCUCGAAGAGAGCGAGUCAUUCCAUGCCAUUUCUCAUGACGACUUCGAAAAGCAGCUUCAAAGGGAAGAGAGGAUUCGAAGGUCGGCUGUUCUUCACACAAGUGACUCUUCAAAUGCUUGCUGCAGCACCACGUGCGCCGAAAGAAUUGCAUCCCUGGAGAACGAGCUCAAAACCCUGAGGAAAGAGCACAAAGAGCUGCAAGAGUUGACUACGCUGGAACGUUUAAUGUGCCAGACAUCCCGGCGGCCUGUUUCAUCAGAGAAACCGGAGCGAGUGGAAAGUACUGCAUCGGAUACACCAUCCGAAUCCAUGCAUACAUGCCUACUGCAUGUUACACCUGGGAAGGCAGACCAAAUAGCGAGCACGCCACUCUCUCGUAUGAAUGAAUGCUGCAUCCAGACCUUAUUGGCAUCUAGGCAACAGCUUGAACGUGGAAGCCGUACGGCUGGUGCUUUCUUUAGCCCUGUGGUCGCCAGCCCUCCACUGGCAGAGCACGACGAAAGCUCAGAAGCCAGCUCCACUAGUCCGGACUGUGGUAAGACUGGGGAACAUAUACAAGGACCAAGACUACGUACACCAAGGGCUGUGCUGUGGACACCCAAACAUUCUCCAGCUGUUUGCAUGAAUGGCACUCCCAUUGGCCAGUCAAAAACUCUGGGAAAUCGAAAAGUGUCCGAGCCAUUUUGCUUUGCCAGAGCGACACAAACUGAUGACAUGCCGUACCUGCAAGCACCACCGCAAUCCAUUCAGACAGAAGACAGUUGUGUGUCACAGCAAGUCCAAGCACCUGCAGUAGAUGCAAUGUGCCAGACUGACUCUGAGGAUGCACGUGAAAUGCCAAGGCCAGUAACAAAUAAGCUGUCCGAAAAUUGUGUUGCUGAGUGCCUAGUAGAUGGCUCAACAUUGGUGGAUGUCGGCUACCACGCGAAAAGGUUCAUGAACUCUACAGGAGUUCAGACAACAGGUUCCUGCUGCAAGAUACUUGAAAGGGCACCUGGAAGACCUGAGCUCACAGAUGCAGCAAUCUCUUGCUGUCUCUACUCUGAACAACUUGUUGAGUAUGGCAUUCAGACUGAGCCCUACCAAAGAGAAUUUAGUGCCAUGGAGCUGACCAAGCAGGAGGCUCUCUGUGUGCCUGCUUGUGUCAGUGACCAGGUGCCUCUUGAGAAGAGUUGUUUUAUGCAGGCUUGUGGUGUUCAAACCUGCGUAGUCACAAUGGACAGUGAAUCACAAGUGAGUGUAUCUUUAGCUGAGGAAUACAGGACAGAUUUUGAAACCCAGACAGCGAUGCCAGGUGGCACUUGCUGUGGUGUCCAAGCCAUUCCAGACACUGAGGACUAUGCAUCACAAGUAAGCACAUCAUUGGUUGAGAGAUAUAGGAAAGAUUUUGAAACCCAGACAGUGAUGCCAGGCAUUACCUGCUGCGGUGUCCAAGCCAUUCCAGACGUUGAAGACUAUGCCUCACAAGUGAGCACAUCGUUGGUUGAGGAAUAUAGGAAAGAUUUUGAAACCGAGACAGUGAUGCCAGGCAGCACCUGCUGUGGUGUCCAAACCAUUCCAUAUGUUGAAGACUAUGCCUCACAAGUGAGCAAAUCUUUGGUUGAGGAUUACAGGACAGAUUGUGGAGUGCAGGUCAUGGCAGAGGUGCUCAGCUGUGCUUCACAAGUAGAUAUGCAGCUCACCAGGAAAGAGGCCACAGAUUGUGCUGUUCAGUGUGAGUUGCUAGUGCAGAACAGUGAAAGAGAAACGCCAGCUUCCAAAGACUGUGGGGUGCAAGCCACAUUUCUGGUACAAGAGUGUGGAAACACAAACACAACAGUGCCUUCGCGACCUCACAGAUAGCAGUGUGCAAGUCAUGCCAUCUGUGCAAGACAGUUCAACACA